GAUCCCAUCUGAAGAAAUAGAGAAAGAAAUUGCAGCCGCUGCCGAUCUGAAUAUAGCUUUAGGUUUUUGUCUUUUCGAUUCUUCCCUACUACCGGUCUCCUGAAAAUGCCCAUCGCCUUAUCGAUCAAUUGGCCAAACUCUUCUUUUUUUCCCUUCCUUCCAGCCUUCUGAUUGGUCCUAUAGUUCCCAAAGAGAUGACAUCUCUCUACGCCUCUCCCUUUCCUUUCCACGAAUAGGAUCUGAGGGGUCUAAUUUAAUGAGAGUUUGAAAAUUUAUCCAAACCUUCCAGGAUAUUUCAUCGAGCUUUCAAUAAUUUUUAAUAUUGAAAGCUCGUAAAUCAUGAUAUCCAUCGAGGUGAUUUUUGAAAGCAUGCAUGGAGUAAUUUUAAAUACUACCAAGCGGAUAAUGCUAAGCCCGCCCAUGGUGAGUGGCUGUAUCAUCAAUUAAGAAAUAUUCAUCAAUGUUUAUCAAGGCUAAUUAACCACCCAUUUCAAGUGGCUUAUUUUGGGUUUUGAAGGAGGUUUGAAUGGAGAUAGAUAGAUAGAGACAAUGUAUUGGGCACCGUGCGCAGGGGUUUUAAAGCUCCCAAAUGAACAACCCCAAAUUAAGAAAAAGGUAGAAAUUCACAAGUUUUGCACACAACAUGCAUCAUCAAGCCAAUUAAACAUCCUUUAGCGUUCAUUUUUUUUUUCCUUCAUAAAUCAUACAUUUUCUUCUUUUUUUUCCCUAUUUGAAAAAAAAAUACAUUUCUGUUUGUGUUUCACAAAUUAAGCUUGAUAAUUUAAAAAAUAAAAACCAGAUGGGUGAGUGUGAGUUGAUCAUGAGUAAUUUCAUAUUGUUUAGGCAGAUUUACAUCUCAUCAACUAAUUUCAUAUCUACAGAUAGAGAAACUUUUGUGUAUCCUAAGUAUACCAAGCCCCUUAGUAUCCCCUCCGGUCCGUUUCUCAUUUUUCGGUCAUUUUCUGAUCUUAUUUUGAUAAUCAGCUCUGUUCAUUUUGUAGAGUUUAGUGAUAACCUUAUUCAUACCAAAAAACGCGUUCAUCAGACUUUAUUUGAUACAUGAUCAGCACACGUAAAAAUCGCAAAAAAACCAAAACUGGGUUCCGAUUCAGUGUGUUUUUUGACCCGUUUUGAUUUUCUUCAAUUUUCACGUGUGCCGAUCAUGUAUCAAAUAAAGUCCAAUGAAUGCCAUUUCUAGUACGAACAAUAUUCUCACUGAACUCUACAAAAUGAACGGAGCCGAUCAUCAAAAUGUGAUCGAAAAAUAACCGAAAAACGAGAAACGGACCAGAGGGGGUACCAAGGAGUUUGGUAUCCCCGGAUACACAAAAGUUUCUCCGACAGAUAAUAUGGCAGGGUAUAUAAUCUUGAUCAAUAAAUGUCCAUUUUAAAUACUCUUUAAUCUGUCGCAACCAAAUUCAUCACCCCUAGCACUCAAAGCUACGUUGGGUUUACUUGCCAUGCAUCCCAUGCAGUUAAUGCUUUUCUCAAGCCAUUAGUAACUUAAUUAAUUACUAUUUCUACUCACAACACCGUGAUUAUAGGCUGCACAUACAGACCCUAUAUAUCUCUAUCCAUGCAUAUCAUGAAUUUGAUGUAAUUACCAAAAAAAAAAAAAAAAAGAAACCUGAAUUUGCUUUGAUUUCCCCUAUAAAUACCCACUUUUUAUGUGGCUACUUGAAACAUUCAGUUCCAUAGGUUCAUAAUCAUCAAACUAAGGUUUCAAAUCUAGUAACCAAAAACGGAAGCAUGAUUCAAGAAACUGAGGUUAUCAUCAUAGGGGCAGGGCCUGCUGGGAUAGCAACCUCAGCCUGCCUCAACCUUCUCUCUCUACCAAACAUAGUUCUAGAGAGAGAGAGCUGCACCGCCUCUCUCUGGAAGAACAAGUCCUACGACCGCUUGAAGCUUCACCUGGCCAAGCAGCACUGCCAGCUCCCCCACAUGCCGUUCCCUUCCCGUUUCCCCACAUUUGUCUCCAAGAGCCUGUUCAUCAACUACCUGGACACCUACGUGUUCCGGUUCGGCGUGAGCCCGUUGCUCGGCCGGUCGGUGGAGUCGGCGUCGCGUGAGGACGGGGAGAACUGCUGGAGGGUGGUGGCGAGGAAUGCGGGGUCGGGGGAGACGGAGGUGUUCGAGGGGAGGUUUCUCGUGGUGGCGACGGGGGAGAACAGCGAAGGGUUCGUUCCGGAGGUUGUGGGGUUGGAGGAUUUUGGUGGGGAAGUGGUGCAUUCCAGUGAGUACGGAAAUGGGAAGAGAUACGAGGGGAAAGAUGUGCUGGUGGUUGGGUGUGGGAAUUCUGGCAUGGAAAUUGCCUAUGAUCUUGUCAACUGUGGUGCUCGAGCGGCCAUCUCUGUUCGUAGCCCUGUACAUGUACUGAGUAAGGAAAUGGUGCAAUUGGGAAUGUGUAUGUUGAAGUUGCUUCCAUGUAAUGUUGUGGACAAGAUGGUUGAGUCCUUAGCCAAAUUGAAGUAUGGUGAUUUCUCUCAUUACGGCCUUCAAACCCCAUCCAAGGGACCCUUUUAUCUCAAAAUGACAACUGGUCGAUCCCCUGUCAUUGAUGUUGGGACCAUGCGCAAAAUCAGAACUGGACAAAUUCAGGUUUUACCAUCCAUAACGAGCAUCAAAGGAGACUUCAUUGACUUUGCAAAUGGUAAGACAAAUCGAUUCCAAGCUAUUGUGUUUGCCACCGGCUACAAAAGUACUGUCCGAAAAUGGCUCAAGGAUGAUGGAGAACUGUUCAAUGAAGACGGAAUGCCGAAGAAAAGAAGGCCGGAUCAUUGGAAGGGGGAGAACGGGCUGUACUGCGUUGGAUUCGCCAGGGCAGGACUGCUUGGGAUAUCAAGUGAUGCUCAAAACAUAGCCAACGACAUUUGCUUGAUUCUGAGCCAACAGAAAAACCGUUGAUCGAGCACUCGGCUGGAUUGCUUGGUACUUAUCUAAAUAAAGUUUUCCUCAUGGCUGAUGUUGGCGCGCGGAAAGUCUUGUAAUAUGUGCGUAGUGCCAUGUACCAAUUUCGCAGGGCGAAAUUUUUGUACCCGUAGAUGUUUGCUUAUUCUCUGGAGUAUGUGGAUGAAUAAUUGCCAUGGGGAAGUAGUGCCAUGUACCAAUUUCACAGGGCGAAAUUUUUGUACCCGUAGAUGUUUGCUUAUUCUCUGGAGUAUGUGGAUGAAUAAUUGCCAUGGGGAAGUACGGUUAAGCAAUAAAUCUGAGCUUAUUUUCUGAA